AUGAAUCAUAACUACUCGAAGGAUUUGAUGAUUGGUCUGGCAAUCGCUUUUGCCAUUCUACCAACAUUUUUUGUCGGCUUACGCCUCUGGGCGAAGCGGAUAUCUAAACGCAUUGGAUGGGAUGACUUCCUCACAUUAGGUGCUCUAGCGGUCUGCUUAACAUGCUGUUUUCUACAACUAGCCACGGCGAUACAUGGCUACUUGGGUGCCCAUCAGCCUCUUGACGAAAAUGGCCAACCAAUUAUGGAUGACCCUGGAUUAAUAUUCUUUGAGGAGACAAAGUUUGCUAUCAACAUGAUCUCCAUUGUUGGGCUCGGACUCGUCAAGUCGUCAAUCCUGAUCCUAUACAAGACCAUCUUCGACGUACGAAAGUUCCGUAUCUGCGUAUACAUUGUGCUUGGAUAUGUGGUAGCCUGGACCGUCAGCUUCACAUUCUCGCAUUUGUUUACGUGCUACCCUAUCACCGUCUUUAUCGAGCCUUACUACGGAAACAGCUGCGUCGAGACCGUACCAAUGUUUUUGGCACUGCUUUACACUGACGUUAUAGCGGACCUUGCCAUCCUUUUCCUCCCUAUACCCAUGGUCAUGAGCGUGCGCAUGCAAAUGAAGAGAAAGAUAGCAGUCAUUGUGAUGCUUUCGUUGGGCGCGGCUGUCUGCGCUGUAAGCAUCACCCGAGUCAUAGCAACAUACUCAAUAGCAAAAGAGUACAUCAAACACCCCGACGAUGUCAUCUACUACACAGCCCCCGUAUUCUUCUGGACGAACAUCGAGCUAUCCCUAGGUCUCGUAUGCGCGUGCUUGCCAACUCUACGCCCCAUUUGGUUCUUCUUCUACCCGAAAGAAGAGACACGGAGUGGCUACGGCUACGGCUACGGGUCUUCUGGACGUGGCUAUGGAUCGUCGGGCUUGCAUGGCACGAAAAACAGCUCGUUUAGUGCCAAGCUCGCACGUAAGCCUUACCAGUCAAUUGAUGAGAUGGAGCUAACGACUCGAUCUGAAGAGGUUCUUCCUCCACCAGCGGAACGUGAUUCUCCAAGCAGUACCGACGAACACGGGAUCAGGAAGGAGGUCACCAUUCAUCAAACCCUUGAAUGA